UGUGGGUCCAAUCCCAUAUUGAUGUCCAGCUGAAGGCCGAAAUAAACGCUUACAAAUACCCCCAAAAAACCUUCCAAGUUCCAAAACUCCCUCCCUUGCAUCAUCUCCCCUGUUUUCCACAUUACUUCAAUUUCUCUACCAACUUUUUCAACACAAUUCUUCAAGAACCAUUUAGCAUUACCAAAAAUCUUCCACAAUGGCAAGACCCGAGCAUCGAUAUCGCGGCGUCCGGCAACGACACUGGGGAUCUUGGGUAUCCGAAAUUCGCCACCCUCUAUUGAAGACGAGAAUUUGGUUAGGGACAUUUGAGACAGCAGAAGAUGCAGCAAGAGCUUAUGAUGAAGCAGCAAGACUAAUGUGCGGGCCAAGAGCUAGAACGAAUUUCGUUUAUGCUUCAAAUGAGCUUGAACCAUCUUCAACCAAGUUUCUUUCAGCUGCUUUAAUUGCAAAGUUGCAAAGAUGCCACAUGACAUCAUUGAAAAUGUCGAAACGGCCUUUGAUUAAUCAAGGAAAUCAAGAAGACCAGCAAUGUAGUAGUACCUCAAGUGUAGACAAAGCCAUUGAUCAUCAUCAUCAUCAUCAUCAUCAUAAUAAUUAUCAUAGUCAUAAUCUCUGUUUUGGUCAAAGGAAUGGUGAAAUGCAAUUUUCCGGGCACAUGAAUCACCAGAGUGGUAAUUAUGGAAGAAUGACUGGGGAAUGUCACAGUGGAGUUCAGAAUCAGUACAAUAACUCGCUUGAAGAUGAUCAUAUUGAGCAGAUGAUUCAAGAAUUGCUUCACUACGGCUCCAUUGAGCUUUCUUCUGUUAUGCAGAAUUAAAACUCUAUUAACAAAAAAUUUGUACCGUAUUUUAUUAACCUCUAAUGAAUCCCCCUUUUAAUCCUUUUUUUUUUGUCAUUCUUCUUGUAGCUUUUGUUCUUAUUAGGCAUUAAAUUGAUAAUCAAGAGACACAUUGCUGCCUCGAAAUUUUAUCUUCUGUCAGCUACCGCCUACUUGACAAAUUGUAAAAUCUUUGAGCAACUCGUAGCUAGUGGCAUUGCUACUAUUAGAAGCGAUAAAUUUUGAAAAUGAAUGUGUAAAACACAACUGUCACGUUUGACGUUAAUAUACUUGUUAAAAG